UUGACUGAUGUGACGUGAUCUCGCUGUCCCAGUCGCCUGUCGCUUCUUUUUGGAAUUUGGGCCAACUCAUCGGUCUCUUGACAUGGAACAUGUUUAUUUUCAAUAAAGUGCUAUGAAUUUUGACUUAUUAUUGUGAGAAAAUUGUGAUCAUUAAAUAAGUAUAAUGGAGGUACACUAUUUAUUGUUUGUGUUGAGUGUUUUCUGGCAUGGCACCGAAGGUAUUAUGUGGAGCUUGGCUCCUAACACUCAAAAGUGUCUGAAGGAAGAGUUACAUGCUAACGUGCUCGUGGCAGGGACAUAUGAAGUCGUUCACGCAGACGGUCAACGCGUAGACUACGUAGUUCGAGAUUCGAAAGGCCACAUUUUAUCACAGAAAGAAUCGAUAACAACAGGAAAAUUCACAUUUGUAACUGAAACAUAUGACACAUUUGAAGUGUGCUUCACAUCCAAAGUUCCUCCAGAACGCCGUGGUGUCAGCCAGGAUGUUAUGUUGGACAUCAAAGUUGGUAUUGAGGCCAAAAACUAUGAAGGUAUCGGUGAAGCCGCCAAGCUGAAGCCAAUGGAGUUGGAACUGAAGAGGCUGGAGGAUCUCUCCGAGGCCAUAGUGCAGGACUUCACUCUGAUGAGGAAGCGGGAGGAGGAGAUGAGAGACACUAAUGCUUCCAUAACGUUUCUCUUCCAGAGUCCACCAACAACCGGGUCCUCUUCUUCAGCAUAUUCUCCAUGGUCUGUCUCUUGGGUCUCGCCACGUGGCAGGUCCUCUACCUACGUAGGUACUUCAAAGCGAAGAAACUCAUUGAAUAACACCUUAAAUGGUUCCGCGCGGGUGGAGUGGCAUGCGUUCACGUUAUAGCCAGUGUGUUACGUUUUUUUGAAUUUAGAAUGUGUUGUCUAUGAAUGUUACUAUUUUCCAAAAAUGGAAUGUAUGUUCAUUAUUCCGUUUGUUUCUAAUUGUUAUUCUUUCUCACUAUUUUUAUAAUUGUCAUAAAAAACCGUGAAUAAAAUUUUAGAUAUAAGUUGUCAUUAAUUUAAACGCACAGUGUAGGCGAGUCUUUCAUUUGUAAGAUAGCUCGAUUAUUUUGUUAUUGAUCAAAUAAUAUCCAUCACAAUUCACGCAUGCCACUUUAUCCGUGUUCAUAGAUCUUGUGUUACUUUAUAUUUUAAUAUAUACUUAAUAAAAAUUUUCGAAACUUAA